UUGAUCGCUAAGUUCAGAGCGAUAUUCCUGAGCAGUCGAUGCGUCGAUGCAGCGUAUGGUUGCAUACAGUUGCAUAUAGUGCAAUGCGUUCGUGAUCAUUCGCGAUGUUCGUCGCGUGAAUUCUUCCAUUCGCUCCAGCGCGGAAUUUGUGUGCACGGUGCCGCGUUCACGGUCGUUAACGAGGGCCUGUUUUGGAUCAGUCUGAAUUAGCAAGCUGCUUGCUAGUCUGUUAGAAGAUUUUCAAAAUGCAAAAUUGGAACCAAUGGCAGUUGUCAGCUGGUGUUACGACCCCAAUGCCGCAGCCACCAAUUGGCUACGCACCAGCAACAAGCGCGGAUCCUAUGACCUUGAUGCAAAGCUAUAUGCAAUAUUAUAAUCAACCAGCGCCUACUGGGUAUACACCGGAGCAAUGGGCAGUUGUACAACAGCAAGGCUGGACUCAAUGGCAACAAUGGCAACAGCAAUAUCAACAAUGGCAUACACAAUAUGGUGAUAAGUAUCAGGAAAUGAAGCAUUUAUCAGCUCAAGAUAUGAACUUGACGGGUCAGAUGCAAACACCAUCAAAUGCGCAAUUACCGCCUCUUCCCAAAGAAGAAACGCGGCCUCCCUUACCCCCCACUACAUAUCAGUUUAACGUACCACCCCCUCAUCAAAACAAUCUGCCAUUAUUUCCCACAAAGGAAUCUGCUAAUAAGACAGUGUCGCAAGCGAACGUGACAAAUUAUCCUGCGAAUCCACCAUUACCUACUACGAGCCAACCACCCUUACCACCCGAAAUCGGCGAGAAUAGGGAGAAUGUCACAGCUGAAAAGUCUAGUAGUAAUGUAACUAGUGAUUCCAAUAGUGCUAAAAAAUUGAACUUUGAAGAUGACGAUUUGACCGAAGCUGAGAAAACAUUUGAUGCACAGUUCAAACAGUGGGAAGAACAGUUUAAUGCCUGGAAGCAGCAAAAUGCAAAUCAUCCAGAUAAGACUCAGUAUAAACAAUACGAAGCAAAAUGGACAACAUGGCGUGAGAAGCUGUUGGAACGACGCGAGCAGAUGCGCAAAAAACGCGAACAACAGAGACAGGCUGCUGCAAAAGCAGAAGCCGAAAAAAACAAGAAUAUACCUGGAGACGAUAAAAUACUCAACAUCUUAUCAAAUACCGAAAAUCAGCGAUUGAUCAAUAAUCUGUUGGGUAUUGGGAAAACCUUGGGUCUUACAGGAAAGCAAAAUAUUUCUGCAUCCAUACUGCCGCCGCCGCCGCCUCCACCAUUGCCGGCAACUACAAACUCUAGCAUUCAACCAACACAGGGAAUGCAGCAAACUCCGACGCAAGUAAACAUGAUUAGACCUGCGGUGCCAAAUUGGUCCGAUCAACAACAAUGGGGAAAUCAGCCAUACAAUCCUAGAAUUGAAGCACCGGGAUACGGUCCCGGAAUGGCACCGACAGUGCCUCCGAUGCUUUCAACACCUGAUGUUGGGCCGCCACCCCAAAUGGUCCCGUCAAAUUUUUCACAACCACAACUGAAUUUACCAAAUUUUUCGCAACCUCCACCAAAUUUUCCACCAAAUAAUCGCAUGCAAUUGCAAAAUGUGAAUGCGCCGGUUCCUGCGAACAUGAAAGAUUGUCCUCCGUUUGGUCCAACUGACUCUUCCAAUACAGAUGUACGUUUUAUGCCAAACGAACGACCACCUCACAAUUUUGACGGACCACCACCAAACUUCAGAAAAGGCGAUCAGGAAUGUUUUGGACGAGAUAAUACGAAUUCAAAUUUGCCUGAACAAGAUCAGUUUAGACCUCCUGCUGAUACCUUUAAUAAGAUUGACGCGCAACAUUUCAGAAAAGGCGAUAAAAAUUUCAGUGAUUUUGGGAAUAAUCAGUUAAAUUCUCAAAAUAAUUUUAAUCAGGGUAAUGACCGGUUUGGGCCAUCAAAUGAUCGUUUGGGACCAGGGAAUAAUCGCUUCAAUAAGGAAAAUCGAUUUGGAUCGAUUGGAGGUGAUCGAUUCGGAUCAAACAACGAUCGUAUUGGUCCAGGGUCUGAUCGGUUUAAUAAUGAAUGGUUUGGACAGGAGGGCGAUCGCUUUAGACCUGGAAAUGAUCGGCCUGGGAUGGACAAAGAUCGCAGUGGACUUGGAAACGAUCGAUUUCCAAACAAUGAACGAUUUGGAUCAGAUCGAUUUGCGCCAGGUGGUGAUCAAUUUGUACCUGGAACUGAUCGUUUUGAUCCUAAAGAUCGUUUCUUCUCUGGUAAUGAUCGAUUUGGGCCCAAUAACGAAAACUUUCGCCAAAACGAUCGAUUUGGUAGAGGUAAUCCGAAUUAUUUCGAACCAAAAGAUUCAGCUGACAACAGACGGGACAGUUUUGGUACUAAUGCUCGGGGUUUUAAUAGAAAUCCAUCGUUCAGUCCGCCGAAAGAGCUACCACCAGAAUUGAAGAAACUUAUGGAAAAGCGAAAGGCGGCGGGAGACGUAUUUAGACCUAGUUUUGUCGAUUCUGACAAGUCUACUAGUAUCGGUUCUCUUAGCGAGAGUUUUAAAAAAAUCACCGGUGACUCACCUUUUAGAAGCUCCUUUGAUUUUCAAAAGAAUUCACCAAAUCGUAGUGCAGCGGGGAAUAGCGGACCAUCAAGUUUUCCAUUACAUUCGUCUUCCGAUUCAGGACAAAUUUCCACUUCACCAUUUGGGCCACGAGGUCCUCUUUUUAACCGCGAUGAACUUCCCUUUAGAGGACAUCUAGACAACUUUGCUAAACAUAAUCCCACGGAUUACAAUGAACGAGGAAAGAAUAUGGAAAUAAGACCACAUCCCAAUCAAUCCGAACCAAUAAAUAUUCAAUCUCAAGAUGUUGUUAAACAACCUGAAAAUAUUGAAACUGCUGAUUCCCAUUUAUCUUUGCAAACUGAUAAUAUUGCAGAUACAAAAGAUACAGAAGUGAUACAGGAAGCGAAUGAGGCUAAUAGUUCUAUUGAACAAAAUAAUACUGUUGUUUUUGUUAGUUCGAAAAAUGAUAAUGGAGAAGAGAAUAAAGUUACUGAUAAUGAUAAUUCUCUGCAACAAGAUGACCAGAAACAUGAUGAUAAUCAAAUCCAAAGUAACAUCGUUGAAAAAACUGAUGAAUCUAAUAAUAAUGAUAACGAUAUUAAACAACCUGAAAGUUUGCCUUUUAUGGGUGAAAAUGAUGUACCUCCAGAAGAUUUGAACAUGGAACCACCACCAGAACUGCCCAAUUUGUGUCCUAUCUCAGAUUCUAGUCAAAAUAUACAGUUGAAUAAAAAUUUUGAUAAACAGGGACCAACAGAUAACCAAUUUGGUAUGCGUUGUAAUAGUAGCUUUGGUCCCAGGGGAAUGGAAUUUAAACCUGGUGCACCUUUUGGCCCUCGAGGACCAAUGUUUGGUCCUAGAGGUCCUCAUAGAUUUCCUCCGCCAAGUCUAUUCUCGCAAAGUUCUAUGAAUGUACAAUUAGGUCCACGAGGUCCAAAAGAUGGCCAAUUUGGGCUUAACGUACCUAGUGAAAGUCGAUUCAGUCCGAGAAGAUCCAAUGAAGAGCAAUGUGGUGAUCGAGAUGAGUUAUCUGAACUUCCAAACAGUGAGAAAUUUGACCCACGUGGCCCUACAGAUAAAUCAUUUGGUCAAUUUGGUCCUCGAAUGCCGAUAAAUGCAAGAUUCGGUCUGAGAGGACCUAUUCGACAGUUUGGACCAAGAGGACCAACUGAUUUACCAUUUUCCCUGCGAAAUUUGGGUCCAUUUGGACCCAGAGGUCAUAGUAUGCAAUUUGGCCCACGAGGACCCAAUGAUGGAUUAUAUGGUCCUAGAGGUAUUAAUGAUCGUUUAGAACAAUCUCGAACAAUCUCUGAAAGACCAUUCGGCCCACGAGGACCUAACGAUGGAUCAUAUGGCCCUAGAGGGCCCAGUGAUUCGCUUUUUGGUAAACGUCUUUCCGACUCGUCGUUCGCUAUGGGGCCCAAGUUUGGUAAGGCUAAUGAAGCACCGUUUGAUAAGAGACCUCCUUUCGAAAGCAGUGGAUCUUUUGGCUUUUCUGACGAAAGAACUCUUGGUUCUCGAAAAUCCAAUGAAAGUCUGACUGGUUCCUGUGGUCUUAAUGAAUCUAUCCCACUUGGUUCUCGCGAUCCAAAUGAUGGUCCGCUUCAACAUAAUUCGAAGAAUUUCAAUGAGAAUCGAUUUGAUUCUCGAGAUUCUAACAAUGGAUCUUUUGGAUCGUCGGACUUCAAAGCAAAAGGACCAAUAAAUGAUUCGGUUAAUGCGAAUUUUCCACCUCAAACCGAUCCUUCGCUUAAUCGCGGGGAUUACAUGCGUAGAAAUCCUAUUGGACAAGAACCGUUUGAAGAUCAUAUUCUUCCCAAGAGAGCCAGAUAUGAAAAUCCAAAACCUGGUGAUGAAUUCAAUACAAAUUGUCCGGAUAAAAAUCUUGAUGUAGACAUGCGGAAAGAGAACACCAGUGAAUGCGUUAGACGCAUGCCUGAUCUUAAUACAAAGGAAUCGGAGACUGCACCUCGUCCGGGAUGCGGACCCAACGAUAAUUGGAAGUUCGCUAGUGGUCAGAUACCCGUUGCAGAGAAACAUAACGUUGACAGAAAUGUUCCAAAUAUAUUCGAUGAGAGAUCGAAGUCAGAAAGAGCUAUGCUCGAACCAAAGGGCGCGCCGCGAUAUGGUGAAUCUGCCUCUAACUUAUUCAUGAAACAAGCAAAGGGUGAGCAAGAAUUUCGCGUGCAGAGGCAGUUUAAUUAUAAUCACGGUGAAGGUGAUAAGAAAUUCGUUGAAUCGCAUAACUACAUACCGUCGAAGGUGAUUGAUUAUGGGCACGUGACUCGUCCUCCGAUUAUGGAUCAACACACGUCAUCAGUCCAAUGCUUUGAUUAUGGUCACGGGAAUUUAAAACCGACAGUGAAUCGUGAACAGCAGCAGCAGCAUCAGUCGAAGAAAGAUUUUAAAAAUUGGGUGGAGAACGAACAAAAUCUGAAGGAAUAUACUGAGAAGAUGAGCAAUUAUGAGAAAAAGAAGGGACAUGCUGGAAAAAUGAGAAACUACACAACGAAUUACGACGCGUGCAGAUCGAUGGAUUAUAAUAAACGAAAGGAACAUGACUGGCAAUCAAAUGAUAAGACAGCCGAUGGAGAGAAGAAAGAGAACGAUGAUCGUAAAGAGAGAGAACAUAAUUCUGAUUCAGAAUCCCGAGUUUUUGAACGAAAUAUUGAUAAUGACCAGAGUGAUCGGUAUCAAAAUGAUAAAAAUAUUCACAAAGAUAUAGAAAUUAUUCAAGAUAUACGUGAUAAUUCCCAUAGAGAAAUGAAUAAAGACAAUGACAAUGAUAGAUUGAAAGGAAAUGUUAACUGGCAGGAGAAUUCAAAUAAAAACAUCGUAGAUACAAAACUACAAGAGACAAGCGUUUCUCCUGAUACAAAGAAAAAUGUUGCGGAAUCAACUACAAAGACCAUGGAAUUGGCAAAAAUGCCAAAUUAUACGAUGGUUGAUGAUCUAUUGUGUCCACCGGGUCGCCAGAACAGACCACCAAAAAUAGCUAUUAUUCUUAGAGGACCACCUGGUAGCGGCAAAUCUUUUGUAGCUAAACUUAUCAAGGACAAAGAAGUCGAACAAGGUGGUUCUGCGCCAAGAAUAUUGAGUUUAGAUGAUUACUUCCUUGUUGAAAAAGAAUUAGAAACUAAGGAUGAUAAUGGAAAGAAAGUCACAGUUAAGGAAAUGGUAUACGAAUAUGAAGAGGCUAUGGAGCAGAGUUACGUAACAUCUCUCGUUAAAGCUUUUAAGAAAAAUAUAACAGAUGGAUUCUUCAAUUUUAUUAUAUUAGACUGCAUUAAUGAAAAGAUUUCGGAUUAUGAAGAGAUGUGGAGUUUCGCAAAAACAAAAGGUUUUAAAGUAUACGUAUGCGAGAUGGAAAUGGAUCUGCAGAUUUGCUUGAAGAGAAAUAUUCAUAAUCGCACCGAGGAUGAAGUUAAUCGGAUUAUAGAUUAUUUCGAACCAACGCCUAGUUAUCAUCAAAAGUUAGAUGUAAAUUCGAUGUUGCAAGAGCAGGCAAUAGAAGAGGUUGAUAUGGAGGAUAGUGAAGAGACGCAGGAGAGAUCUGCCAUGCAAACUGAAGAUAGUCAAGAUAGCCAGGAAGAUACUCAGGAUACAAUUGGUGUUAGUAAAUGGGAGAAAAUGGAGGCCGAAGAUAAACUUGAUCGACUGGACGGUUUGGCAAAGAGGAAAACCGAAGCAAAACCUCAAACUAUGGAAGAUUUCCUACAAGUUCCCGAUUACUACAACAUGGAAGAUACUUCUGGCAAAAAACGAGUACGUUGGGCUGAUCUAGAAGAGCGUAAAGAGCAGGAAAAAAUGCGUGCUGUCGGAUUUGUUGUUGGGCAUACUAACUGGGAUCGAAUGAUGGAUCCUACAAAGGGUGGAAGCGCCUUAACACGCACAAAGUUUUUUACGCUGUCAUAGAAAGAUCGAUAGUUUAAUGUGUGCAUUAAAUGAAGUACAUCACUCAACUGAUUGGUAUAACUUAUUGUUUUACGUUUGAAGCACUUCAGUAUGUAAAAGAAACUUAGUUGUUAUAAAUGAGUAUAAACUGUUCAUAAAUUUAAUUAGAUUUAAAAAUUACGAAAUUAUUAUAGAUAGUUACAAAAAUAUUUAAUGAAAAUAUUUUAAAUUUAAUACAUUGAGAUAAAAUUCCAAUUCUUGUACAUAAUAGGAUUUGUAUUGUAAAAAUAAGACUGUACAUACAAGCAAAGUGUGUAAAAGCCAAUAUAUAUCUAGAGAUACAUAUUAAUUGACAUAAUAAGAUACAUAUUCACUAUUUUAA